AUGCUCGUUCCGUCGCUCCGUGCCGUGUCGCGCACUGCCCCGCUGGGCGCUGUGCGCUGCUUCUCGCGCUGUGCCGUGGCGCGCAACCACUAUGGCAACGUCGUCAAGGGCUUUGACGGCGCUGUGGCCAACACGCCGCUGAUCCGCAUCAACUCGCUGAGCGACGAGACCGGCUGCGAGAUUCUCGGCAAGGCCGAGUUCAUGGAGCCGGGCGGCAGUGUCAAGGACCGCGCCGCACUCUACAUGGUGCUCGACGCAGAGAAGAAGGGCCAGCUGCGCUCGGGCGGCACAGUGGUCGAGGGCACCGCGGGUAACACCGGCAUCGGCCUCGCCCAUGUGUGCCGUGCGCGUGGCUACAAGUGCGUGAUCUAUAUGCCGAACACGCAGUCGCAAGAGAAGAUCGAUUUGCUGCGCAUGCUCGGCGCCGAGGUCUACCCCGUGCCUGCUGUGCCGUUUGACAACCCAGAGAACUACAACCACCAGGCGGCGCGCCACGCGGAGCGCCUCGACAAUGCGGUCUGGACGAACCAGUUCGACAACACAGCGAACCGCGAGGCGCACAUCCUCACGACCGGCCCCGAGCUCUGGGCGCAGACGCGCGACGAGGGCCUCGAUGGAUUCAUCUGUGCCACGGGCACCGGCGGUACGCUCGCCGGUAUUACGCGCUACCUGAAGGAGGCCUCGGGCGGCAGCAUCAAGUGCUGGCUCGCGGACCCCCCGGGCUCGGUACUCUACUCCUACAUCAAGAACAAGAAGCUGGAACGCACCGGCACCGGCUCGAUCACCGAGGGCAUCGGCCAAGGCCGUGUCACGGAGAACCUCAAGCCGGACGUCGACCUGAUCGACGACGCGCUGCACAUUGAGGACGAGGCGAGCGUCGAAAUGAUCUUCCGCAUGCUCCACGAGGAGGGCCUGUACAUUGGCGCGAGCUCCGCGCUGAACGUCGUGGCCGCCUACCGCAUGGCCAAGCUCCUCGGCAAGGGCAGCCGCGUCGCGACGAUCAUCGCCGACGGCGCGGACCGCUACCAGACACGACUCUUCUCGCGCAAGUGGCUCGAGAGCAAGAAGCUGUACGACGCGGUGCCCGCGCCCCUGCAAAAGUACGUCGUCCUUCCGUAG